AGAGAGAGAGAGGAUCCCCAACGCCAAUUAAAUCUAAUAUAUUACUUACGUGUGUCAAUUGCUUACUCCGAUGUGACUCUACCAACGUCACGACGCCGGGCUCUUGUUCAUUGCAGUGGUGAGCCCCAAUUCAUCGCAGCGCCCAAAUCCACGAAAAUCUGCCAGGAUUGUUUGAUCGUCGGAGGAUUGUCUGAUCUCUAGGCUCCGAAGGUACAGAAUCCGGAGAGGAUCUUAGUCCGUGAGCAUGAAGCUCUUAGUCCUGUCAGUCAUGUUAAACUUAAGCAUUCUAGUUUCUGCGGAUCUGGGAACUGCAACUUCAUACGGCCCUCCUUAUAUACCCACAAGGUGCUUUGGAAGGAGGCCAGACCAGUUCCCUCCGCGUUACCUUUUUGCGGCAGUGAGUCCUGGCCUGUGGGACGGUGGUUCUGCGUGCGGAAGGGUCUAUAAAAUCAAGUGUCUGAGUGGACCUCAGAUGCCCUGCAAGUUUGGUGAGACUGUCGAGGUCAAGGUGGUGGACCUUUGCCGGAAAUCUCCUUGCCCUUCUGCCAUGGCCAUGUCAACAAAUGCUUUUGCAGCCAUAUCACACCCUACUUCUGCACCAAUCAACAUCGAAUAUGUCGAGACGUGAGACUGUACAGCAUCAUCGAAGAUGUCUUCACAUACACCAAAGGUGGACGCGUGGAAAUGUUUUGUAAUAUGAAUUGUAAAAGUUCCAGCAGAUAGGACUGAAUGACACAGUUGGAGGCACAACCGUCAUAAGCCUCCUCUGCUCGAUUGUACUUGUCAAUAAAGUCCUUUCUUGGCAAAAUUAAUGAGAUGUUUUGUCUGUGUUUAUGAAA